CGCAUUAUGAGUGUGCAGUUUGCCGUCACUGUCCUACCGGGAGAGAUUUGGCAGGAGUAUAUUCAGGGCUUCACUGAAGGAUCCUGCCUAAGUGCCCUAGACAAGACAUACUCAACAGAGACCAACGCCUGCUGCUCACACCAAAGGAAAUUACACUAACCCCCUCCACCAGACACCAGAACCAAGAAAACAUGGGUCAAUCAAAGAGUACAGAAGAAAAGAUAAAGGAAGAAAGGCAAAUGAUAACUAAUCAGAUGAGCUCAAAAUGCUUUCCAGAUGUGGGCAUAGACAAAGCUCUGCUGCAAUUCUCGGGUCCUAGGUCCUUGGAGAAGCUGAACCAACACUACAAAAAGAGAGAGAUGGAACUGAAUGAAAAUGCUGCAGCGUGGAUAAAGGACCUUGCCGAAAAGCUUGUAGGCUUGCUUCCGAUACCUGAUGCUGCAGGCUUGGGGUCCCUGGUUAUCUCUAUAGUAAUAGACAGAUCUGUAGCUGCCAUAAAACCUCCAGAGGAUAGCACAGAUGAUCUGCUGAAUCGUAUCUUUGCCGAGGAGAAGGCCUCCGCUGUGAGAGACCAAAUGGAUGAGUACCUCAAGAGGCACCUCAUGCACAUACGCAACAAGGCCGAGCUUAAGAGUGACAUCAAGCAUGUGGAGCGUAACCUGAGCUUUGCCCUGACUCAGUUGAAGAACUCCAUGCUGCUGGACGGACAGAUGAGCUCGCGGGCUCUGAGGAUGUGGGUCAACGGAGCGGCCUUCCAUGUCCAGAUGCUGAUUCACCUGGCCAGACUAGAUGGAGCCAGAGACAGUGGCCCAGUGCGAUCGGUCAUCACCACCUACCAGAGCAACCUAGAAAAGCUGCUAUCUGGAUACAAGGAAUACAAAAAAUCCACUGUUCGGGUCCGCAAGGAGAGAGACACCAAUGGCUUCAUUGAUUGUUAUUAUGUAUUUGACGAUGAGACAAAAAGUAAUGUUACAAUAAGUAAUAUGUUUGAUCCAUCAGAAGUAGAAGAGGCCUACUUGAGUUGCAUGCUGCCCAACCAUGAACAGAUCAAAAAGAUGCGACAGCACUUUAGUGAUGUGAAAGAAAAUGCAGAGAACCUGAUUAGUCAAACAGCAUCCUUCACAGUGCCACAGUGAUUCCUAUGAGACAGUUUCAGUAAAGUUCUGGUUUUGCUAGAGCUCUGAGAUUACUAAAUUACAUCAAGAAACAGUGGUUUUGAGAUAAUACCCUAUGUUGUGUGUUGAGUUUGAUUUUAACCCUGUAGAUCCAUUUUGAUCCCAAAGUAAUAUCUAACAAUUUCACAACAUAUACCCAAUACACGCAAUCUAAGUAAGGAAUGGAAUUAAGAAUACAUAUAUGGAUGAGCAAUGACAGAGCGGCAUGGACUAAGAUACAGUGGAAUAUUAUAGAAUACAGUAUAUACAUAUGAGAUGAGUAAUGCAAGAUAUGUAAAAAUUAUUAAAGUGGCUAGUGUUCCAUUUCUUAAAGUGGGCAGUGAUAUCAGGCAGCUGUGUCUAGGUUCUCUACUCCCGGCUGGUAUUUCAUCAAAAAUAUUUAUUGUAAUAAUAUAGACCCGGUUCAGAAUACAAAUCAGAAUGAAAUAUCCUGUGUUGGGCAGUAGCCAGAUUGUGUGCAAACACAUAAUAAGAAAUAGGAGAGGGCAUUGAUCACAAGAUCAUUACGCACUUAACUCUAAUUGCUCCUGUAAUUCGGUCUGGAUAAGUGGUCUGAUAAAUUACAUAAAAAAAGCAUAUUACAGCCAGAGCAUAGACCAUUUAUUUCAGCACCGGAUAACUGGGAUCUUCCCCAGGCGUUGUGAGGCCUGAUAAUCUGAGCUGGGCGACUGCAAUAAAGACAACCUGAAACGCA